AUGCGGUUGGCAUUGGAGGCUCCGGAGACUGGAAGAAAGCGCGGCAAAGGGGAGGUGACAACACCGGCGAAGAAAAAGGCUCCCGUGACAGGCGCGAAGGCCGGCAAAGGGGCAGCGUCCGGCGGAGGCCAAAAAAAAGGCUCGUUCUCCAGUGCGAAGGGGGGCAAACGGGCGCCGUCCUCCUCGUCAAAAAAGAAGGUUCCUGAUGACAGUGACGAGGAAGAUGACUCUUUGUCGGAUGCAUCAAGUGCAAAGAGCAAAUCCUCCCCUCAUUUCGAUCCUUUUCUGCGCCAUAUAAUUACUGUGUUGAUUAUGUGCCUUCAGAUGUUUUCAAGUAAUGAAACAGUACUGAUGUUGGUUGCUGUUGUUACCGGCGGGAACAAAGGGAUCGGGCUGGAGGUGUGCAGGCAGCUGGCCAGCAAUGGCAUCACCGUCGUCUUGACAGCCAGGGACGAGAAGAGGGGCGCAGCCGCCGUCGAGGAGCUCACAGAUGCAGGGCUCUCCGAUGUCAUUUUCCAUCAGCCGGAGGUCACCGAUGCUCAGAGCAUUGCCAAAUUGGCGGGUUUCUUGAAGGCGCGUUUUGGGAAGCUCGACAUCCUGGUGAAUAAUGCCGCUAUCGGUGGGGUUGAGUCACCUCCCAUAGAAAAUCCUGCUGAGAUCAAGGGCAUGGAUGCGUUUCAGAUGGCGGAAUGGAUGCGGAAACAAUCCCGGCCGACAAGCGACGCUGCGAAGGCAGGCAUUCAGACAAACUACUACGGAAUGAAGAAUGUGACUGAAGCGCUGCUGCCUCUGCUGCAAGCCUCCUCCGACGGAAGGGUCGUCAACGUCUCCUCCGACUUCGGCCUGCUGCGCCAUAUCAGGAACGAGGAGCUGAAGCAGGAGCUGGACGGCAUCGAGGACCUGACGGAGGAGAGGCUGGACGAGCUGCUGGGCACGUUCCUCCGGGACUUCGAGGCCGGCGCGCUGGACGCCCGCGGGUGGCCGACGGAGUUCUCGGCGUACAAGGUGGCGAAGGUGGCCCUGAACUCGUACUCGAAGCUCCUGGUGAGGAGGCACCCCGAGCUGCGCGACAACUGCGCGCAUCCGGGAGCUGAGGUCGCCUGGCUUCUCGCUGACUUGCUUCCUGGUGUUGGUCCCGGCCAAAAUCCAGGCGAGUCGGAGCUGGAUGCUUCAGAGGUAAAUAAUGCCGCCGUUGGUGGUGUGGAGUACGUCCAAGAUCCAAUCGAUAGCUCAACAUCGAGCGACCAAAAGUUCAGUGGCAUGGAUGAGCUCCAGAGGCUCGAAUGGAUGUUUCAAAAUGUCCGCGAGACCUGCGAUUCUGCAAAGGAAGGCGUGCAGACGAACUACUACGGCACGAAGCGUGUAAUCCAAGCCUUACUGCCCCUGCUGAAAGCUUCCUCCGAUGGGAGAAUCGUUAACGUCACCUUCGAGUUCGGGCUGCUACGGUAUUUCAGUGGUGAAGAUCUUAAGCAAGAGCUAAACGAUAUUGACAAGCUGACGGUAGAGAGGAUAGACGAGAUGUCAGAUUUGUUCCUGAAAGAUUACAAGAACGACCAGCUGAAUUCUCAUGGAUGGCCUGCUGAUUCUGGGUGCCUAGCCUACAAGGUAUCCAAGGCUUUGACCAAUGGCUAUACAAGGAUACUGGCGAAGGCGCACCCGGAAUUGCGCAUCAACAGCGUGCACCCCGGCUUCUGCGAGACUGACGUCAACUUUCACACCGGUGAAUUCACCUCGGAAGACGGUGCCAGUUGCAUUGUUGCAGUGGCGCUGUUGCCGGAAGGAGGCCCAACUGGCAUGUUCUUCUCCCGCACAGAAGAAGCACCCUUUGUGUAA